AUGCUGUUCCACGUUAUAAUUAUUAGUAUUGUCAUAGGUCUUCGUGCAAUAUUAGCUUUAGAAAAUCAGAGUGACACAAUAAUUGACUUUUAUAAUAAGAUUAAUGCAUAUGGAUCAUUAUUAAAAGCAACAUCAUUUGAUCUAAAUACACAAUCGAAGUUAAAAAAUAUAAAUACAAUUCGAAUGGUUUCAUAUGAAGUUUCAAAUGAUACAAGUCUAUUUGGUAUUCAAAUAAAAAGAAAUCUCAAUGAAGAAAUAGCUCUAAUUGAGUUACAAUGCAAUAUAUCAAAUGUUUAUGUUCGAUUAGGAAAAUAUGGCCGUCAUCGAAUAUAUCGUUUACCAACAAUAUCACAAUCAACAAGUACAAUGCAUUCAUAUGAUCUUACUAAUUUGUUAAAUAAAUAUCAUGAACGUACUAUUUAUUUAUUAUUAAAAUAUCCAAUUGAAAACCAUAAUUUAUCAAUUUUUUAUUAUUCAAAAUCAAAUAAAAAUUUAUUUUCAUUUUCAACCACAAAAAAUUUCAAACGACGUUUUCGGCGAACAAUAUUAUCUAGCAAUCCAAGUUUGACAUGCGCUAAACAUGAAUAUGAAAUUGAUUUUAAUCAAUUUUCAUUCGGCCGAUGGAUAUUACAACCAAAACGUUUUAAUGCAUAUACAUGUUCGGGCUCUUGUCCAAAUCCAUUAUCUCCACAAUAUUAUCCAUCGAAUCAUGCAAUCUUACUCAGUCUUCUGCAUUCGCAAAAAGACUAUGGCCAACAACCAUUAUGCGUACCUGUACGAUUAAAACCUUUAUGUUUACUUUAUUAUGAUCGAGAUGAACUCGUAAUUAAAUAUCAUCGAGAUAUGAUUGUACAAGAAUGUGGAUGUAGAUAA